AUAACAAAGUGUUUAUACAGAUUUUGGAUUAUUUUAUUUAUUUUAAAAAUGACUGAGGUUGAGAACGGUUGUGCAAAUGGAACUUCAACUCCGGAAAAUAAGGAUUCAGAUAGUUCGGGCUUGGACUCGAUAUUACUUCGUAUCGGACAAUUUGGAAAAUUUCAAAUACGUUCUUAUGGAUUAAUUAUACCGCCGAUGAUUUUUAAUGCAUACUUAAUGUGUGUUUACAUUUUCUUAACCGGUUCGGUUGUUCAUAGAUGUAGAGUGCCAGAAUGUGACGGACCAAACAGUACUUAUGACGAACCAUGGACGGAAUUUUCAAUUCCCACGAUGAAGUCGAGUGGUGAUUUGGAUAAGUGUAAUCGUUUUGUGCCCUACAAUAGAAGCUCUGACAUGUGCUUUGCUGAUAAUUAUGAUCAAAAUUCCAAGGAAGGUUGUGGCAUAGAUUUUAUUUUUCGUGAUAAGGAACUUUAUAUUUCGAAUGACUUUGAUAUUUACUGUUUGGAUGAAUGGAAGUUAUCAUUGGUUGGGACGGUAAGUGUUGCCGGACAACUCGUUGGUUCUCCACUUGGUGGGUUAUUUUCGGACAGGUUUGGUCGUCGAUCAAUGGUUGCCAUUGGAGGAUUCACUAGUGCAGUUUUUGGUAUAAUACGAUCCUUUUCCCCAAGUUACUAUAUGUUCCUGAUCCUGGGAUUUCUCGAGAACGUUGGCAGUGGUAUCAUUUACGCUACUCUCUUUAUUAUUGGUGUCGAAUUAGUCAGUCACAGAGCACGAGUUCUCAGUUGUUCGAUAUUACCGAUGUUUUUUAGUGUUGGCGAAAUUCUUCUAGCUAUUAUUGCUAAAAGUGUUCCCAACUGGCGUUGGAUUUUGCGAAUAGGCUAUACUCCAGCUUUGGCUCACAUAGCUUUGAUAUGGCUCCUUCCGGAGAGUGUUCGAUGGCUUCUGUCGCGUGGGGAUGAGAAAAAAGCCGCUGAAGUUCUGAGAAAUGCAGCUAAAAUGAACAAACGCAAAGUUUCUGAAGCAACAAUUGAAAAACUUAUUCUGGAAAAUCGCUACAAACUGGAAAAAGAAAAUUUAACAACACAAUUUCCCAUCACAAAGGCAUUCAAGACAUUCCCCUGGAGGAUCAUCAACUGUUCGAUUUGUUGGUUUUCCAAUGUCUUAGUCUACCAUGGGUUGAAUUUGAAUUCUGUACUUUUGGGCGGGAAUAAGUAUGACAGCUUUAUGUAUUUGGCGUUGGUUGAAAUUCCAGCAUACGGUUUGUUGUCUUUGACACUAAAUCGAAUUGGGAGACGAUUUUCACUGUUUGGAUGUUUACUGAUCUGUGGAAUUUGUUUGGGAACCACAAUUUUCAUUUCGAAAGAGUUCUACGUUCUUCAGCUUUCACUGUUUCUUGUUGGAAAGAUGGCAAUUACGAUUUCCUUCCAAUGUCUGUACUUUUACACAUCUGAAAUAUUUCCGACAAAUUGUCGAAAUGGCUUGUUGUCAUUGUGUUCGAUGUUCGGACGGAUUGGUUCAAUGGUGGCACCUCAGACGGUACUUCUGGCAAAAUUCAAUGAAUCUGCCCCAGCGAUAUUAUUUUCAAUUUGUGCUUUAGUGGCGGGAUUUUUAGCUUUAUUGUUCCCUGAGACCACCGAUGUUAUUCUUCCUUCGACGGUAGAUGAAGCCGGUGAAAUUGGUCACAAAAUGCUAGAUGUAAAAGAUAAACAAGGAGCAAGCUGAGAAGGAGAGGGUUAUAGUUGUUAUUUAAAUAAGUUAUAUAGGUACCUUAUAGAAGUGUACAAUACAUUUAUUUUUAGUUAAAUCUCAUAAGAAAACAUUAUCUUAG